AUGCUUCAGCCAGAGGAAGCAUUUGAAGCACUUGUUGCUGAAGGGGAUGCACUAAAAAUAUAUAGCGAGGCGGAUGACACUAUUCCCAGCUCACCAACUACAAAAUCAAUAUCUCUACCAUCAACGGCCGUAAAACUACGUCGCUAUGUCAAUAAGAUUGAGAAAUCGAUUGACAGUAUAAAGGAUAUUCUUGACAAAGUAAGCCCGGGCCUUUCACGCCGUAUAAAAGUGGUUAAUCAAGGCAGUCUCACCUUGGCCGAAUUAGGCGAUCUACACCGUGAGAGCUUUGCCAAGGUUCGUGAUAUAGCAACGCGCAAGAAUCAAAAAACUACAAAGCGCCAAGUCAAAGCGAGUGGUGCACUCUAUGUAAAAGAUGCGAAUCGCCUCAUAAAACGCCGUCAUGAUGGGGAUUUGUUGAAAAUCUAUAAGAGCCAUGUCGUUGGCGUGCCGCAGCCGAUGGAAGAACUGACCCCCCAGCAGCUUCAGUAUCUCAAUGAGAUGAUCGAUCAUGGAAUGGAAGUCUUAGCCUGCCAGGAUCAAAUGCCACAGCCUCUUCCAAUCAUGAUCCAUGGGUCUACGCUGGCUAAAGCCCAAGCCCUACUCGACCGGGCCUGUCUCCGUCUAUCAAUCGCCCUCCUUGAUCAUCUAUUAAAGGGGGAUCUCUAUGAAAGUGGAUUGGUUGGAUUCCUAGCUGUGCUCGGUAUCAAUUCUAAGAAACAGACCUUUCAGGAUGCUGAUACAUAUACACCAUUGUUAUCUGGUCUAAUUAAGAUAGCCCAGAUGAUGGUAGUUCAGGAGGCAGUUACCCAGGCAGAAGAAGAAGAUAAAGUGGAGUAUUCUGCUGAUGCGCUUAAUCAGAUGCGCGAGCGAUUUUUAAUCCAGAAUACCACUACUAGUCUCAAAUAUAUUGGUUGGUCGGAGGAUCAGGAGCAGCUCACCUAUAAGGGACUGGAUAUGACUAUGGCCUCCUUUCGGCAUUUCAUUCAGAUUGAGAUCCAGCAGGCCCAGCAGAGCCUUAAGAGACUCUUUCUUCUCCAUGAUGAGGAGGCUUGGGAGGAUAUUAUCCCUACAAUUCCUCUCUCCCAAUUAAAAGAUAAUCCCACGGAGAUUUGUUGUGGCUGGAACUUUCUAUAA